GAUGCCUAGCGGGCCUGUGGCUAUGGAGGCGGCGGCGGUUGAUGGUUGACCGUUGGCUCCGGGGUAGGGGUCGCCGUUCGAGUGAUCUGCUCAGACCCGACCAGAGGGCGCGGGCUGCUGACGCUCGGCCUCGAGCCCGCGGGGGAGACCUAGUUCGGCUCCACCAUGCCGGCCGCCGGGAGUAACGAGCCGGACGGCGUCCUCAGCUAUCAGAGACCAGAUGAAGAAGCUGUGGUGGAUCAGGGUGGGACCAGUACAAUUCUCAACAUUCACUAUGAAAAAGAAGAGCUGGAAGGUCAUAGAACUCUGUAUGUGGGAGUUCGGAUGCCGCUGGGCCGGCAGAGUCAUCGGCACCACCGCACUCAUGGCCAGAAGCACCGGAGGCGAGGGCGGGGUAAAGGAGCCAGCCAGGGGGAGGAAGGCCUGGAAGCCCUGGCCCACGACACACCAUCUCAGCGUGUUCAGUUCAUUCUUGGCACCGAGGAAGAUGAAGAGCAUGUGCCUCAUGAGCUGUUUACAGAGCUGGAUGAGAUCUGUAUGAAAGAGGGAGAAGAUGCUGAAUGGAAGGAAACAGCCAGGUGGCUGAAGUUUGAAGAAGAUGUUGAAGAUGGAGGAGAACGCUGGAGCAAGCCUUACGUGGCAACCCUUUCACUGCACAGUCUGUUUGAGCUAAGAAGCUGCCUUAUUAAUGGAACAGUCCUUCUGGAUAUGCGUGCAAAUAGCAUAGAAGAAAUUUCAGACCUGAUCCUGGAUCAGCAAGAACUGUCCAGUGACCUGAAUGAUUGCAUGAGGGUUAAAGUGCGGGAAGCCCUUCUCAAAAAGCAUCAUCAUCAGAAUGAAAAGAAGAGAAACAACCUCAUUCCCAUUGUUCGCUCCUUUGCUGAGGUUGGCAAGAAGCAGUCCGAUCCACAUUCGAUGGAUAAACAUGGUCAAACUGUGUCCCCUCAGUCUGUUCCAACUACAAGUCUUGAAGUAAAAAAUGGAGUGAAUUGUGAACAUAGUCCUGUGGAUUUAAGCAAGGUAGACCUUCAUUUCAUGAAAAAAAUUCCUACUGGGGCUGAGGCCUCCAAUGUCCUGGUUGGCGAGGUGGAUAUUUUGGACCGUCCCAUUGUUGCCUUUGUGAGGCUGUCUCCAGCUGUUCUUCUCUCCGGCCUAACAGAAGUGCCAAUCCCAACAAGAUUUUUGUUUAUCUUAUUGGGUCCAGUAGGGAAAGGUCAGCAGUACCAUGAGAUUGGCAGAUCCAUGGCCACCAUCAUGACAGAUGAGAUUUUUCAUGAUGUAGCAUAUAAGGCAAAAGAGCGAGAUGAUCUCCUGGCAGGGAUUGACGAGUUCCUUGACCAGGUGACGGUGCUCCCUCCAGGAGAGUGGGAUCCCUCCAUUAGAAUUGAGCCACCCAAAAACGUCCCUUCCCAGGAGAAAAGGAAAAUGCCUGGAGUUCCAAAUGGAAAUAUUUGCCACAUAGAACAGGAGCCACACGGGGGUCACAGUGGGCCAGAACUUCAGCGCACUGGGCGGCUAUUUGGGGGCUUGGUGUUGGACAUCAAGCGGAAGGCCCCCUGGUACUGGAGCGACUACCGGGAUGCACUCAGCUUACAGUGUUUGGCCUCCUUUCUGUUCCUGUACUGUGCCUGCAUGUCACCUGUCAUCACCUUUGGGGGAUUGCUUGGAGAAGCCACUGAGGGACGCAUAAGUGCGAUUGAAUCCUUGUUUGGCGCCUCCAUGACGGGGAUUGCUUAUUCCUUGUUUGCGGGACAGGCUCUCACCAUCCUGGGAAGUACUGGGCCAGUGCUUGUGUUUGAAAAGAUUUUGUUCAAAUUCUGCAAAGACUAUGCUCUUUCAUACCUCUCCCUGCGAGCUUGUAUUGGACUGUGGACUGCUUUCCUGUGUAUUGUCCUUGUGGCAACUGAUGCCAGUUCCCUUGUCUGCUACAUUACCCGUUUCACUGAAGAAGCAUUUGCCUCCCUAAUUUGCAUUAUUUUCAUCUACGAAGCAAUAGAAAAACUGAUUCAUCUGGCAGAGACCUAUCCCAUCCACAUGCACAGCCAGCUGGACCACCUUAGCCUCUAUUACUGCAGGUGUACUCUUCCAGAGAAUCCAAACAAUCACACCCUGCAGUACUGGAAGGACCACAACAUCGUAACAGCAGAAGUCCACUGGGCUAACCUGACUGUCAGUGAAUGCCAGGAGAUGCAUGGAGAGUUCAUGGGAUCUGCGUGCGGCCAUCAUGGACCCUACACUCCUGAUGUCCUCUUUUGGUCCUGUAUUCUCUUCUUCACCACCUUCAUUCUCUCAAGCACCUUAAAGACAUUUAAGACAAGCCGUUAUUUCCCGACCAGAGUACGUUCCAUGGUGAGUGACUUUGCUGUUUUCCUCACUAUCUUCACAAUGGUGAUUAUUGAUUUUUUGAUUGGCGUUCCAUCACCAAAGCUUCAAGUUCCCAGUGUGUUCAAGCCAACAAGGGAUGAUCGAGGAUGGAUUAUUAAUCCCAUUGGCCCCAAUCCCUGGUGGACUGUGAUAGCUGCAAUUAUUCCAGCUCUUCUCUGCACUAUCUUGAUAUUCAUGGAUCAGCAGAUCACAGCCGUCAUUAUUAACAGAAAGGAACAUAAGCUCAAGAAAGGCUGUGGCUACCACCUGGACCUACUGAUGGUGGCAAUCAUGCUGGGUGUCUGCUCCAUUAUGGGCCUGCCCUGGUUUGUAGCUGCAACCGUCUUGUCCAUCACACAUGUGAACAGCCUCAAGCUAGAAUCUGAAUGCUCUGCUCCUGGAGAACAGCCCAAGUUCCUAGGCAUCCGAGAACAGAGAGUGACAGGCCUUAUGAUCUUUGUGCUGAUGGGCUGCUCAGUCUUCAUGACGGCUAUCUUAAAGUUUAUUCCAAUGCCAGUACUCUAUGGAGUUUUCCUCUACAUGGGAGUUUCUUCACUACAGGGAAUUCAGUUCUUUGAUCGUCUAAAGCUCUUUGGGAUGCCCGCAAAGCACCAGCCAGAUUUUAUCUACCUGCGGCAUGUGCCACUGCGCAAAGUGCACCUCUUCACCCUCAUUCAGCUGACCUGUCUCGUCCUGCUCUGGGUCAUCAAGGCCUCUCCAGCCGCCAUUGUUUUCCCAAUGAUGGUUUUGGCCUUGGUUUUUGUCAGGAAAGUCAUGGAUCUCUGUUUCUCUAAGCGAGAGCUGAGCUGGUUAGAUGAUCUCAUGCCUGAAAGCAAAAAGAAGAAGUUGGAUGACGCCAAAAAGAAGGCCAAAGAGGAAGAGGAGGCUGAGAAAAUGUUAGAAAUUGGGGGAGACAAGUUCCCCUUAGAGAGGAGGAAGUUACUAAGUAGUCCUGGAAAGAACAACAGUUGCAGAUGUGACCCGUCUGAGAUUAAUAUAUCUGAUGAAAUGCCUAAAACCACAGUCUGGAAAGCUCUCAGUAUGAAUUCUGGAAAUGCAAAGGAAAAGAGUCUCUUCAACUAAGAGUCUUUGCUGGGAUGGAAGAUUUGGGCCGUGUGGUGCCUCAGGGAAGUUCUGGGUUACAGAGAAAAUGGUGAGUCUCUCAGAGAAGAAGCAAGACCAAGUCUGGCCCUGUCCUUGGUCAUCUCAAAGCCAUGCCGAAGCAUUCAGUUAUUCUUCGUGUGCACUGGAGGGCAUCCAGCUAUCCCCAUACCAGCAACCAGUCGCCAGAAGUGAAUGUGGAAGCAGAAGACCACUUCCUGUUGGUUCUUCUCCUCUUCUUCCUUCUUUUUCUCUUUAGAAUGGCCACCAUUGAAGACCUAGCUUCCCAUUUUCCAGACAUUUUCUCUGAAAUUUUCUGCUGGCCUGCCAAGCCAUAUGGAUUCAUUUUGCCACUGAGGAGUCCUUCUGUGAGGUCCCUUUUCUUAAAGGAUGGAGUGCGGAGUAGGAGGGUAACAGAGAAGAAACUCUCUCUGGCUCUCCAGUGUUUUUAGUGUCUGAGGCUCCUAGGCAGCCCUGGGCCUUGAUUUGAUUACCUCCCCUGGGGGAUGCUGGUCAGACCCAGAGGUUGUCAGGAGGUCGGCUACCAGGAAGAUCCAUGAUCUGGGCAUUGGCAGUGCCUGCUACCACAGCCAGGAAGAUGCCUCUGACCUGGGUGCAUCUCCAUCACUCCCUAGCAGCAGCCUGCAUAACUGGCAAGAACCUUGGAUGAUAGAAGGGCCAAGAAGGGACAUUUGAGUUGUUUCGCGUAGAUAAGAAAAGAAUCUGGGGAAAAUCAAUAGUAGGUGAGGAUGAACAGCUUCUCUUGGUUUUCAGUGAGAAUAGAGUGAGAGAUUGAGCUUAGAUUGCAACAGAAGGAAUUAGUUUAGAUACCAGCCUGAAGAUUUGUCAUAGUGUCUGCUUUCUAGAUAUCUGGGAAAGAUUUGGUAAUAGUGUUUGUGAAUAGAAAGGAGGAUGUGAUGUUUUUAUUGCCCAUUUUGCGGGACUGUUUGACUUCUUGCUGCUGUCUCUUGAGGAUAUAUUCCAAUUCCAUCCUGGCGCGAUCCAAGUGCUUACGUACUGUCUCCUUAGCUGCCUUAGUAGUAAAUGAUCAUCAGUUCAAUGGACCAAAAUCACCUUCAGCCAUGUGGUUUCUUCAUCAUCAUGGAUUUCUUUUGGUUGGCAAACAUUCUGGUUCUGAGAUGCAAAAAGUCACACUGGGAAAUGAACUGUAAGUGGUGAAAUUAGUUUUGGUAUUUAAUUUAAAACUACAUUUAUGGUUUUCUCUUCUCUUCUAUGUUACAAUGAAUGUAAAAUAUUUGGGAUCCAGUGCUUAUAAACCUUUCCCUCCUUUGUGCACAGAAUGUAACUAGCAAGCCCAUCAACACCCAGAGAAUCCUAUCACGUUAGUUUCCCAUCUUGGAAAAUCUUUGUACAGUGGGAAGUACCCCAAUGUGUUUUUCUUUAUUAGGUGAAGGAUUGGUUAUAUCAGUUUAUUGAAUUUUGCAUUCCUUAAACUCUUAAAAUAUACUAAUGUAUUCUAGUCUUACUCUAAAUACCAUUGAUAUUAAGGGAAUUCUGCAUUUCUUUCAUAUUCCCUAUCUCAUAGGGCCACAAUUAUUUUAAUACAGAGAAGAUUUUCAAAAUAUUUAACAACUGGUACAGGACAGAUGCCAACCACUCAGAAGGGAUGCCUGCUGUAAACAAGCAGUAUGUAUGGUUGUACCAAUGCCUAUUGGCUGAACAGUAUGCUACUUUCAGAUAUUAAAAUGAUGUCCCUUUGAAUCGUGACUGUUCCUGGUUUGUCUUAUUUCUAUCACAAGGAUGUUUUGGGGACAGCCUUAGCUUCCUUUCAUAUAUAUAUAUAUAUAUAUAUAUAUAUGGUGCAGACAGGAUAGGGCAUGAUUAUUUGAGCUAUAUGGGCAUUAAAAUCUCCAUGAGCCAAAGCUUCACAUUUUAUCACUUUAGGGUAACUGUAAUAAUUGUACUCAUUUACCUACCUAAUUGGGAAAAAUUAAAAGGCAGCCUGUCAGUAGGAUAAGCUUUCUUGCAGACUUUUCCCUUGUCCCUCUCUGACUGCUUCCUUGAACUUGCCUCUUUUUCAUCUUCAUUGUUCCCUGAGAAUAUCCCCGCUUUCUUGCUCUAUCUUGCCCCUCCUAUCUUUUCCUGCCACCUCUGUGUGGGGAAGUUGAUGACCAUUUCACCUCUUCCCCUAGCCUUAGCACAGCUGUAAGGAUUGUAUCAAAGCUGGGUAACAGUAUCACUCAGAAGAAUGCCUCUCCUAAUACACUCAUGUCUUGUGCUGCCUGACUGCUCUAGGGGAGGAGCCUUCAUUAAAUCUGUGUAGUGUAGGUACAGAACCAUGUGUGCACUUUUGGGUACUUCUUGAGCCAGACCCUCCCAGAUCACUGCACCUUAAGAAUGUGAGCUACUUUUAAAAAAAUGUGGUUUGGUGUGUUGCUGAGGUAAACUUGAUGGGGAACUGUGAGUGAAGAUGGGAAGGGAUUGGGUGGUUUUGCCAUGAGGUGAUGGCUGGGGUUGGCGCUAAUGGUUUGCAUGAUCCUGGCUCCGUGGGUGUGGUGCUCGGUAGCCUUGGUAUAGUUGCAGGUCACCUUUGUGCAUGGUGGUUACCAGUCACUCUAGGGAUUGUAGGUCCCAACAGUGUUUCGGCAGCCUGCACAGCUGGUACGAGGACAGCUGGAGGAGGGUCUCAUAUCCCUGCAAGUGAUGCAGGACAAAGCUUCCCAACAGGAGGUGUCCCUUGCAUGGCUCUUGAAUGCACGGGUGAUAUAUCAGUUUGAAGUUUCUUGACCUGUGCCUCAAGGAUCUUGAAUUUUUUCUUAGUCGUGCUUGUUAAUGUGUUGAAGGCCAAGUGCACUGCAUCAAAUUUGCUGUCUGUAAGAUGCUAAAGUCCUUUGAUCAAUCCAGUGUUUCAGUCAGUUCUCUACUGACAUCAGACUUGGCUUUGUCCCCUCUCUUUCUUUUCAUUCAAGAGACUUUAAGGGUAAACCCUUCAGUUGAAACUGUCUUGGAAGUGCAGGCCUCCUCCUGUGUGGCUAACGAAAGAGACGGCACCAGGAUCUUUCAUGGCAAGUGCUCAAGGGGUAUGGGUGGUUUUGUGUAGUCCGGUCCUUUUGAACGUGGUGAUUUCCUGUCAUCCUCAUGGUCUGACAUUGCUUUUCACUGGAAACUGGUUGUAGCCUUUGACUCAUUAGCUGAUUGUUGGAUCUCUGUGAGGUUUGAUUUUUUUUUUUUUAAUCCAGGGGUCCCUAUGGACCGUUGCCUGUUGCAAAUGAUAGUGAUUCUCUUCUUUUUCUUUGUCUCUAAGAGUUGCCUGGACGAUUUCAUGGAUCACUCCACAUGAUUGCAGAAUUUCCCAUUGCUCAUCUGUAAAUGUUGAUUAGCUAACCUGUCUGAGCUUUUGGCAGAUGCAUCCUUGAGCUUAGUUUCAGGAAUUCCUUCUGGAAUUGGUUUUCCUUGGUAGUAAUUUCUCAUGGUGGAGCUUGUUUCUGAGGCAUGGUACAGUGCUGUGGGGGCAAGGCAAGGCUGUCGUAGUGAUUUUCAUAGCAUCUGGAGACAAAUUGCUUUCGCGUGGGGAAACCACACGGGACUGAUGGCAUCUCUGAAUUUGGGGAUUUCAUCAGUUACCCCUGGAAUCAAAAUGGGUACAGUGUCAAAAUCUUUUUUAUUUUUUGAGACAGAGUCUUGCUCUGUCACCCAGGCAGGAGUGCAGUGGUGCAAUCUCGGUUAACUGCAACAUCUGCCCCUGGGUUCAAGUGAUUCUCCUGCCUCAGCCUCUCAAGUAGCUGGGACUACAGGUGCCUACCACCACGCCCAGCUAAUUUUUGUGUUUUUAGUAGAGACGGGAUUUCACCAUAUUGGCCAGGCUGGUCACGAACUCCUGACCUUGUGAUCCACCCGUCUCAGUCUCCCAGAGUGCUGGGAUUACAGGUGUGAGCCACCACGCCCAGCCUGAAAUCUUUAAGAAAGUUAUUUAUUGCCACAAGUGUUGUCAUCUGUGACUCAUGAGCCACUAGAUGAACCUGAACCAUUAGUGGCUAUCCAGAUCCUCCAACUUUUUGAGACAGUAUUCUAAUCAGGGUUUUAUGACACCAAGUUAUCCCACCAUUUUUGCAACAUAGGCAGAAACAUCAAGCUGCAGGUAAUUGAUUUGUGUGUCACUGAUUCCUGGAGCAGCUUUGAAUGCAUUAAAUCUGUUUUUAGCAGACCUUGCACAAGAGUUAUCUCUCAAAAUAUCUGUAAAGAGCAAUAAGAAUGUGUAGUGUUGCAUGAUACAAUCCAAGCCUGUGAGUUGCAUCAUCAGGGUUUGUCAGAAUUUUAUGUCUGUUUCAUAUCCUGCUGGUAACCAGCUUAUUGACUUUCCAUCAGGUUGGCUUAAAUGUUCAUCAACAGGAAAUUGUUGCCAUAAUGAUGGUAUGAUGCUGCACACAGUUGCUGCGCACAUGGUUAGCAGUGGUAUGGCGGUGCUGCACAUGAUCACUGUACAGAAUUAACAAGGCUGGAACAUGGCCUCUGCUGUAGGGGGCAUGGCACAUGCAACUCAUGCUGGAAUUAGUAGGAAGCUUUCCUCAAUGGAUAUGGAGACUGAUGUGUGCUCCAUAUCUUGAGGGGGCCUGUCUUGGUUUCCUUUGGCAGGGUCUAUUAGCUACUUUUGAAGGCUAUACCAACCUUUUUAGGCCAUUAAAUUUUUCUCAAACAAUAGCCAGCCUCAUUUCUGCUUCACCUCUGUGGUAGGAACCAUUCUCUAUUCUUACACCCUCCUCUUUGCCAACUCCCACCAAUCACCCAACCCGAGUCCUGGCUGCUUUCUUGCUUAGGUCUGUGGCUGGUGAUAAUGGCACCAGAGUCAAGGUGGGCAGUGUUUGGGGUAGGAAAUGAGUAGAGGUGAAGCAGCAGCAGUGUGUGUGUGUGUGUGUGUGUGUGUGUGUGUGUGUGUGUGUGUGUAUGCACACACACAUUUGCAUGUGUAUUUGUUGACAAAUGAGAGUAUAGCCAUAAGAUUUCAUUGUUACUUCUAGUCUUUGUGCACCUAGCUGGAGGAACAUUAAAAAAAUAUGGCCAUUCUCCCAUCUAGGGGGUGCCCAUCUCAGACUUCUCUGAUAAGAGUAGUUUGAGGACAAAUACAGAUUAGUCUAUGGAAAAAGAUGUUUAAACUCAGCAGAAGGAGGAAAAAUUUCAGAGUGGAAAGCAAGACAGGUAGUUAGUUAUGUGAUUUCCAUGCCUACAUUUGCUUGGGCCAGGGAAGUGGUCCACCUCUUUCAUGACAGUGGGAGAUUUCAGAAACAGUUUGAGUUUUGGCAGGCCAAUGCUCUGAUAGGCUGGUGUAGAGAGGGAGGAAAGAAGGGAGGCCAGAGAUUCGAGAAAGUGAUGAUGAGUAGGAUCUUAGCUCUAAAUGAAAAGAACUGGACUUACUAAGUGGGUGGAUUACUUGCUAGCCAUAACUUUUAGGGAAGGGUAAGUCUGGAGAGAAGGUGAAGACCAGCAGAAAUAUACUGUGAAAUUGCCAAAUAUGUUUGAUUGCAGAAAACACAGCCUGGCUAUUAUUGUCUAGAUAUGACUUCCAACUUCUGAAGACAGGAUUGCCAAGAGAUGUGGUCUUUACCACAUACAGCUCCUGUCCCUAUCUCUUUAUGUGUAGAGACUGGCAUUUGGGGUAGUGAGUAGUAAGCCAUAUAUUUCCAAAAGAUGAUGUGAAGAGUCAGGGUUUCUCUUUGUCUGGGAUGUGAUUGGCUUUUAAAUUAGUUAUAAAUGUUUGAUAAAAAUCUGGUAUAUGCUAAGUCCUGGGGUUGGUUGAUAUUUCAGUCUAUGAUAGCUGUGACCUUCAAGAAAUCUCUGGCUUGGGGAAUCUGUAGUUUCUGGUUGUCCAAAAAAGAUAGUUCCUAGUCCUACUUUAUUUUCUGCCCACUCAACUCUCCAGACUUCCCUCUUAGUAAAGGAAUUCCACAUUCUCCCUGCAUCGUCUUUGUUGAUUUCAAUGUCUGUGUUCUGAGUUUGAGUUUUCCUGAAGCAUAGGAGCAGGCCUGGCCCAGAGUGCCUGGCUGGCUUUUCGACGAACAUCAGAAAUGCUAUCAAUAUAUUCUCUCUGUCACUCUAUCAGCUUCUCUAAAUUUAUUUUGUAAGGGGGUAGCAACUCCUUCGUGGACCUCUAAAUGGUUGUCUUUGCCAGUUUGUUACUGGGUUUUCCUUGAACUUCUCAGGUUCCCAAGCCACAUCCUAGCAGGGCAUCCAGGAACCUUGCAUUGAACCUCUCAGUCCUUUUGGCUUUCUUCUGGUCAUAGGUGUUGGGCCUCCCAUUAGGUAGAAGUCCUUUGAGCAGAACCAAAAUGGCCAAAUGAGACAUCAUCCAAGUUCCUCCCUCCUUUACUGUCUCAGCUUUUUCAAGCACCCCUUUCUCCUCUCUUUUCUGCCUUUUCCUCAGUCUGCCUAGUCCUCUUUGGAGGAAAGAAGUUCUUGGUCAGAGGUCCUAAAACCACCACCAGCUGGGGGUGGUGAGAAUGGUGAGGAGGUUGGACAGUCCUGGGGCUUUUUUGAAAGGGGACUUUAUGGUUAUUUCCCUUAUUUAGGGUGAGGGACUAAGAAUUCUCAAGCCUUCAGUUUUAUCCAUAUUUCAGUGUAGGCAGAAAAGCACAUUUCAAAGCCAAAUAGAAGUGAUUUUCUACUAAGUCUAUCCUUUAUGAUUCUUGACUCCCUUGGUCUCUUAAUACUAAUUGUAGAGAAUGAGCAGUUGAGUAAGUUAACAUCUUUUCAUCAGAAAGGAGGGUAAUUUUCAUAACCAAAAGAGAUGUAAAGGAACUAUAUUACUGCUUAAAGUGUGAAAAGAGGGAAGGGGUGUUAUGUGAACCUUUUCAAUAGGCAAAUUCAGAAAGUGGAAUGAUUCAUCCAUAGGCAUAAUUCUUUUAGGAGAUUCUGUGCUCAAAGGGAAGGGAAUGGUUUCUGAUCCUUCUGAAGAGAAAAGGAAUAGCAUUUUUCUUAAACCUAACCCAAUUUCAGCAUUGGAGAAUACAGAACUUUUUCUCUAGCUGAUGGCAUUAAUAUUUCUUGAGAGAGAGAACCCACCCACGGCACUUUUCUGUGCCCAGCAGAAAUCAGUGGAGCUUGGGCUUCUCUUAGCAGGUUUGCAAUUGACUUCAACAUGCAGGCUUUUCACAUGUGCAAUAAUGUUGGAAACAGAAGCACCAAACUGAUUGUGCAAUUACUCCUUUUGCAGAAGAGGCCAAAAUCCUCCUCCUCCUUCAUUUCUCCUAUAUUCACUCCUCCAGGAUCAUAGAGCCUCCCUCAUUUAUCUGUGUCUGUGUCUGAUUGGUUAGAUUUGGCUGCUCUUCCAAGCUAAUGGUGUCAGGUGGAGAGCAGAGCAACCUUCCCUCGGAAGGGGACAACUCGAGGUGCUGGUACAUUUCCCUUGUUUUCUAUGUUCUUAUUUCCAGUGGGUCUCAUGUAGAGAUAGAGAUAUUUUUGUUUUAGAGAUUCCAAAGUAUAUAUUUUUAGUGUAAGAAAUGUACCCUCUCCACACUCCAUGAUGUAAAUAGAACCAGGAAUAAAUGUGUCAUUGUGAUAAUCCCAUAGCAAUUUGUGGUAGGAACAAGACCCUUUUCCCUCACCACCGAGUCUCAUGGUCUGUGUCUGUGACCCCGGGCAGGUAAUUGUGACACUGCAUCUCAUAGACCUCUGCCUGCCCAGAUUUUUGUGUGCUCAUCUCAACGGGUGAAAAAUAAAGUCUAUAUAAACUGUU